UUGUUACAGUUGCUUGUUGCCAAAAUACUGUACUAGUUUGAUACGGUUGAUAGUAAAAUACUCUAAAACAGGUUGGAAACUUGGUUAGGGCUAAAUGGAACAGUCCGAAAUAGUUCAAGUUCGACUUGGAGGAAAGGAAAGUAUCUGUACUUCCUCGACAGGUACCAUACUACGGCGCUGGAAGAGGAACUGGUUCGACCUGUGGUCCGACGGACGGCUGGUCUUCUACAAUGACCAGCAGCGGCGGGACAUGGAGGACGACAUCCACAUGAGGAUGGACUGCAUCAACAUCCGCAGUUCCGCCGCCUGUCAAGAGUUGAACCCUCCGGACGGGAAGACGCGCGACGCUUUGCUGCAGAUCGUGUGCAGGGAUGGAAGGGUUAUCAGCCUCUGUGCAGACAGUGCAGAUGAUGCCUUGGCGUGGACUAUGGCACUGCAGGAUGCCAGAAUUAACACGGUGAGAGUCUGCUGUCGUUUAAAAAAAAAAAAAAAAAAAGAAAAUGCAGAUGCAUCGCCAGGCUACUCUUAAUCUAUGACUGCUGUAAACAUGCAGGGUGCAUGGUUGCCCUGUGCAGGCGGCUGACC